GGACCUGUAACUUUAAUCAGGCGCACCCAGGAUGAAAUGAUCAUAACAGCAGAGGGUACAAAUGAAGAACGUCUUGCUACAAAUCGUGCCAAUAAUCUAUUGAAAUCACUUCUUCGUGCAAGAAAUCCUGAUCUAAUAAACGAUGAUACAGAACUAGUAGUGGAUAUUUGGUUAGCAGCAACUCCGUCGGAACGAAUAUCGAUGGCCAAAAAUUGCUCAACGGCGUCAAUAAUGGAUAAUGUCGAGAAUUUAACCGAACAAAACCGAAACAUAUUGAUAUAUUGCUUAUGCUCGAAAUAUCUAGUAGAUUUUGAUUCUAGUCAUAACACUCUGCUUGACGUAUCUUUAUUCACUAUACCGUCAUAA